UGAUGUGACGUUUGUGGUGGGCCGGGAGCAGCAGAAGGUGUUUGCGCACCGCUGUGUGCUGGCAUGUCGCUGUCAGGCUUUCCGGGGGAUGCUUGGCCAGGCGUUGGUGGACAGCGAGGAGUCCCCCAGCAGCAACCCACCCCAGGGCCCCUUCAUCCUGGGCAACGUGCAGCCUGAGGUCUUCCUGGCCGUCAUUGAGUUCCUCUACACUAACAGUGUCACCCUCAACAGCCACAUCGCGCUGGAGGUGCUGACCUCAUCGGUGGAGUAUGGCUUGCAGGACCUGUGCAAGCUCUGUGUCAAGUUUAUCAAGGACACGCUGAGCGUGGAGCAGGUCUGUGAGGCCCUGCAGGCUGCGGUGACCUAUGGUCAGGCAGACCUCCAGCAGCACUGCCUGGCCUUCAUCGAGGGCUGCACCAUGGCAGUGAUGCGGACACAGGGCUUCCGUGAGCUCUCUGAUGUGGUGCUGGCACGGGUGCUGCGCAGCGACCGCCUGGCCGUGGAUGAGCUGGACCUGGUGCAGGCUGUGCGGGAGUGGGCACACGUCAGCUCA